UAAUCAUACUUUAUGUUUUCAGGCUUCAUCCCAAAAAGAACCUGAAACUCUCCUCACGCUCUCACUAAACUGGUUACUGUCCGAUCAGCAGCCAAAAAUGCAGAAGAUGCUGCAGAAAGCUCUGCAGACUUGGUUCAACACAAAUAAACUUAAAGAUGGAAUUAAGGUGGACAUAGACGUCAAAGACAUCUUAGGAGACGGGAGUGCUGUGAUAAAGAUUAAACCUUCUCCAGCCCUGACUGAUCUUCAGAAACUAAAUGGUGAAACUCUGACAACAAAGGAUGGGAUAAUAGUAGCCAYCAUACAGUCAGUCAUCCUGGGACAACCAAAGCUGAUGACUCCGGACCCAGAUCUCCACUGCUGAAGAUAAAGAUGACCAUCAACGAUGAUUUUAUCAAUACCGGACUGACCAUGGAGCAGGACCAGUGGAAGAAGAUGUCUUCUUUUCAUGAGAAAGUUGCAACAAUCAAAUCGAAGUUUAAUGUGGACUUUAAAGAAUCCACCAACCGUCAGGAUGAAGUCACUGUCAAAGCUGUUUACAACGGACCUGUAGGAAACGUUGCCAUGGAGAAUCACGCUAUCAGAGCUCUUCUACAGCUGUACCAGAAGACUCUAAACUCACACCUGAGUCUCUCACAACCUAACGGUGCCUCUGGGUUUAAUCUGUCACUGAACAACCUUGACAAAGGUUAUCUGUCAGGAGAAGCCUCCAAUGGACCUGAGUUGAAUGGGAAUUUAACACAGCAAGAAAAUAAGACACCAUCAGGAGAGGACAGUAAAGAGGAACGAUGUCCAAUAUGUUUGGAUUCAUUCACCAACAAGAAACAACUGAAAUGUAAACAUGAGUUUUGUGACAAGUGCCUGCGAGAAACUAAGAAGCACCAAGGACCCAUUUGUCCGAUAUGCAAAGAUGUGUUUGGUGUGAUAGAGGGAGACCAGCCAGUUGGGACAAUGAGAUGGGACAAAAUUGGUUAUCCCCUUUCUGGAUUUCCAGGCUGUGGUCAUAUAGUCAUCACUUACAAUAUUCCAAGUGGGAAACAGACGAAAAAACAUCCCAAACCUGGUGAGUACUACUCAGGUAUAGCCAGACAGGCCUAUCUUCCAGACAACAAAGAGGGUAAUGAAGUGCUGCUCCUGCUGAAAAAAGCCUUUGACCAGAAGCUGAUUUUCACCAUUGGGACGUCCAGAACAACUGGUUUGGACAAUCAGGUGACCUGGAAUGACAUUCACCACAAGACCUCUCCAUCAGGUGGACCAGACUGUUUUGGGUAUCCUGACCCCGACUACCUCAGCAGAGUCAAGGAGGAGCUGAAGGCUAAAGGCAUUGAAUAAAUUAAAGAAGAAAUCUUUUUCAAAAUUUAACAAAUUACCGGAAUUCACAUGCUUCAAUCUUUACUUUGUUAAAGCCAUAGGUCUUUAGAAGUGGAGUGUUUUGAACAGAAACAAAAAUCAUCUUGCCCCUUGCAGAUAGCUCUUUCAACAAACUCAGUUGGGGAAAACUAGAGAUCCUAGAAAUAAAAGUAAAGUUUAAUAUUGACAGGAUUGAAAAGCUAAAGGCCAGUCAGAGCCAGUUGAAAACCAAAUUGGAUUGUUCAAAUUUCAAAAGAUUCUUAGCCUUUCAUUCAAACCCUAUUAACCUUUACACAUUUUACAUCACACCUUUUAUUUUACAUGGCAUUUAAAACAUUUUCAAGCACAAGUAGUGUCUGCUGCAGUUGGCUGUAGCACUUCCUGCAACAAUAACUUAUUUCUGCCAGAAGAACUGUGGACUUGAAAGUGUGUAAAUAUAUAAAAAAAUUGCAUUUACAUAAAAAAUAUUAAGGUUUAAAGUGGUUUUAUAAUGGCAGCAAUCCUUUUGGACCCAGACAGACUGGCCUAUAGCUCAACAGCUUGGGCAAAAUUAAAUGAUUUCUUUGAAUUACAGUCAUUUAAACAGUUAAUCUACGACAUGUAAGACAUUGUUUCCAAGUUUUUAACAAACCCCACUUUAAAAGGUUUGAACUAUUGCUUUAAAAUGUGGUUAAUGUAAUCAAGGGUUACUUUGAGGUGCACUGGGAAAUGACUCAAACAUUUCAUGUCAUUCAUUGUUUUGUGUAAUCAUAUUUGGCAUCAUUUACUUUAAAAUACUUAUUUUAUAAUAUGAAGGUGUAUAAAUGUAACCCAGUGUCAAUUUGAUUAUAUUCUUUAAUAAAGGUUUCAAUUACGCAACAUGGACUCAAAUCAUUCUUCACUCAACAAAACACAAAAACACACCAACUAGUUGCCUGUACAAUUUUAACGUUUUUUAUUUAUCUAUGACAAUAUCUGUUAUUUUGUUUGUAAAGUACUCCAGCAAAAAAACUCAACAUUCUUCUCUUUCCAGAAGAAAGUCUCGAGUCACCAUGCAUCGUGUUCUAUAAAAGCUAUGUGUCAAUUUUCAUCAAAAAACAAAAUCCAAAAGGAAAGUCUGGAAAUGCAUGUAUGAUUCUCCAAAAAAGUGUCCUUUAGGUAAAAUGAUUGUACUUCUCGUUCGAUUUUUAAGACAAAACGUACACAACGGCAUAAUCGAACACUGGACAGGAAACAGGAAAGCAAAGUAAGAACUCGUCGUUACAUCGAAGACUUGUGUUACUGUACACAUGCAGUAGAGAGAUCAUGGCUGAUGCGGUUGUUUUUGACAGAAGCAGCAUUUUGAGGACAGAGGCUGAGCGUAAGGAAGGGUCAGAGCGACCGGACGGUGGCGUUAGCAGCAGYAGGGCACAGAGGAACGACGGAUCUGAUGGCGCUGAACGACAGGAGGAACAUAAUGCACUUCAGACUGAGGCAGAACAAGACUGUGAAGGUACAGACUUUGAUUCUCUAAAGGCAGAAAGAUACAUUUAUUCACAAAGCCAGAUGCAUUAUUCGGUCUUUAAAA